GCUCACGAGUUGGAACUGAGCCAGCCAGAAAUGAAGAUCCACUCCGAAGUAUGAAACCAAAACUACUAUAAAAGUGCUUUGAGUGUCAGCACCUUGUGGUCCUAGUCUGACCAUCCAUGGAUCAUAAAUGCAUGCAUCUACUCAUAAUCUCACACCAGGCUCUGUUUUUCGUAUAGGCUUCUUUUUAGAUUGUGCACGGGAAUAGAAUUUCGCGGUUCCAUUUUGUUUCUGUAUUGGCUCACUGGUCACGCUUCGCAUCCGACGUCGUUACUACAGUACAGCAACAUUACGGCUCCCUCUGAUAUACUUCCUUCCUCUGCAAGAUAAACUAAAACACCACAAUUUGUACUAUCUCUUGCUCAUCAACGACCGCUGCGAAACAAAAAAAUGACUGACGGCGCAUUCGAGGAUCCGACGAAGGCGGUGCUCCGGCCGCGCAACCCCGGUGAGGAAGUGAAAAUCAAGGAAACAGUCUUGAAACGACGGGACAGGAAUUUGAAGGCGAAACAGUUGAACGCCGAGAAAAUCAAGGCGGAGAAGAAGAAGAAGGUGGACAAAAAGAAGGAGGGCAAACUGAUCACGCCGGCGAGUUUGGUGAAGCAGUCCAUCGUCAAGAGAAAGGACCAAUCCCGGUUGAAACGGAGCUUCAAGACGAAGAAGCAGAAAGUAGCGCACGAAUCCAACGGGUUCGUCCUACUGGCGAUCAGAAACCGGAGAAAACGACCCACGAAUGUGGUCAAAAAAAUCCUGGAAAGGCUGGAUUUGCAGGUACAUGGAACUUCUACAUGGUAUAGAGAUGAAAAAGGUGAUCUUCCCGCGUGUUCUUAUCCCUAAGAAAAAUCGCGCCAUACCGUCGCGAUUCGUGGGCUUUUUUUAUUCUAGGCAAGGCCUGGCCUGUCUGAGGCUAACAAAAGCGCCACCGCCCAGGGCUAUCCAAAGCCUUCGCCGCGCAUCAUCCAGAGGGUCGCGCUUUCGUGCUUAGCGCAGCCCCAGCUCAUGCGCCAGGGAACGCUCUGCACACUGACAGAAUAACCGCCGGCCACUGAGUCCAAGUUCGCGCGCCCGGGCGCGAGCUGAUGCCCCACCCAAAGAGCCCCCCCAAGCCGGGGCUACGCCGGCGGUCGCACCGGGCCGCGGCAGUGAGUGUGCGCGCCCACUCGUCUCUCUUUGUGUCAGGCAGCAGAUGAUGGCCCCUCCGGUGUUGUCUUUGGUGCCUGCGCCGUGCCGUCGGUCCUAAAUUAGGACCGGUGGGGCGCUGGCUCCAUAAAAUGAUACGUAUAUGGCUAUGGGACCACGUCCACGAAGCAAAGACGGUGCUUCAGCUGCGCACGUUCCCGCUCGUGCAUAGAUAAGAACACUACUGCAGCGACCUGCUGUGGUGUUUUGGGAUGAAGCAGAGUUGUAGCCUCGGCUCCAAAUGUUCCCGUUCUCGUUUUCUGUUGUUCUUAUCCUCCAACUCCGUGCAUAGAUAAAGAAGUUCUCAUCUAUGCACGGAGUUGGAGGAUAAGAACAUGUGGUCAAAAAAAUCCUGGAAAGGCUGGAUUUGCAGGUACACCGAACUUCUACAUGGAAGAUCAGGAUGUGUAGUUUUUUGGAGAAAUUGAUGAGUUUUUGUGCGGCCUUGGGAUGUCUUGCACUUUAUUUGCAGAUCGAGUCUCCAAUUCCAAGCGCAAGAAUUGUUGUUCAUGCAAGAGAAAUAGAAUGUUUCGAAAUGAAAUCAAAUUAUUCCAGGAGCACAAUACGCUUCGAUUCCUUCCCUACAACGAGCACACGUGCCGGGAACUGAAAAUGGUGAAGCCGUUUGUCUACUGGGGCUACCCAACCUUCAAAACUGUCAACGACCUCCUGCACAAAAAGGCGCUUUUCAAAACGAAAACGAACGAAAAGGUACUAGCAAUUGAUGUUUGCAGCUAAUAUCGAUACUACAUCUACUUCCACUGCGAGCGCGAAGAUAUGUGGUCAGGAACUCUUUCUGCGAUGCGUUUUGUGCAUUUCAUUUGCACAAUGAACCCACGAAACCUCCGACGAGCGUUGUAACUGCGCUCCUUGUGGUCGGAGUAAAGUAGAACAAAAGCAUCCCUAUCCCACAUCGCAGUGACAUCUACUUCUGCAUCUUGAAAUAUGAAAAUUGAAUUCUUUAAAUUACAGGUGAACCUGUCUAGCAACGCCCUGGUGGAGGAGCAUUUGGGAGAUUCCUGCGGCGUGCUUUGUGUGGAGGAUAUCGUCAACACGUUGUUUAAGAACGAGGACAAUUUCCAGAUGGUGAACAACCGGCUGUGGCCGAUAAAACUUGGGGACUACACCAAAGCCACCGCGGAGGGGUUCCAACCGGAGUUCAAGAAGCACCACUUCGGCAACUUGGAAAGGAAAAUCAACGAUAUCGUGCAGGAAGUGUUGUAGAGAUUUUUGUUCUUGUGAGGAGGACGGGAAAUUACGACCAAGACCUGAACUUUUUUCAGUUCAUCUGGACGAUAUUUAUUGCAAUCUUGCCUCUGGUGCCGCAGAUGGAAGCUGUUUGAGAUGUGAUGAAGAUAAACCUUCUGAACGCAUCUGAAUAACACAACUGAAGCACACUGGCAAAUCACAAAAU